CGACGAUCUCCCGCCGAUUCAUUCAUGGUCUGUCUGUCUGACAGACAGUGUUCAUCGCUGUGUGGAGGCAGCGAGGUGAUCUGAUCUGUGUGAGUGGUUGGGUCUGACAAUGAAGAAGCGGAGAAGGCGGACGUCACUGAAGGCACCUGCAGCCUGUCUGCCUGUAGGCACACGCCCACGAUGCACACGGACCACAUGGGUACUAUGCAGAUCUGGCCAGGCACUCAUUGUUUUCGUUGCGGUGUCCUUCUGUCUGUCUGUGUCUGUGUGUGUGUGUGUUUGCUCUUGCAGAUCUUCAUCUCUGCAGCUCUUGCGUGGUACGGUACGCGUGAGCGAGCAGCUCUCCCACACACAAACACACACACACACACACAGGUACUUACAUCAGCUCUGUGCUUCUGACAUCAACGAUGUAGGCUACUGUCGGCUGCAAGCGCCUUUCGACUGGCACCAUCAUUGCUGAGGAGGCACACGAGAAGUGGUCGGCCUCUGAGUGCGUCGUCGAUAGCUCAGACCACCAAGGGCAUCAGGGACGGCACUCUCACCGUAGAAGAGGUACCUAUGGACAGACAGAGAGACAGACGUGACCAACAGAGAAACGAUGCGCGUGUGUGCAGGUGGUGCGUGACACAUUGAGGCGGGUUGAGGCGUCUGAUGUGCACGGCUGGUGCAGUGUCGACGGUGCGUGAGGCCUCACUAAUCCACAUACGAGUGGAGGCAUCCAUCUGUGUGUGUGUGUGCAGGAGAGAGUGCUCUGUCGCGGGCGAGGGAGCUGGACAAAGGCAGGGCCAACGAAGGCGGUACGUACGUCAACACACAUACACUCACACACAGACGGUGGACACACUGUGUGUGUAGAUCUGCCCCCGUUGUAUGGUCUGCCCAUCGCUGUCAAGGACACCAUCUCUGUGCGGGACAUGCCCUGCACUGGAGGUGCGUCGCUCCGUCCACUCAUACGCGCACACACGCCCACGAGCCAUCCACCUGUUGUGUGGUGCGCGCAGGCUCCCGUGUGCUUGAAGGCUAUGUGCCCUCGUUCGACGCGCCCUGUGUUGAGCGACUGAAGGUCCGUAGACGACGUCCAUGCGCAGAGACGCCGACACACACAGACAUCAUCCACACACUUACAAUCAAUCAGGCUGCUGGUGCUGUGGUGAUUGGCAAGACCAACUGCGACGAGUUCGCCAUGGGCAGCACCACCGAGACCAGCUUCUUCGAGUACACACAAUAGAUAGCACGAUGGAUGUCACACGAACACACGAACACGCAAACACACAGAGAUGCAGACAGACAUUCAGACGCGCCUGGAUGGAUUGAGUGGCUUGCAGGCAGACGGUGAACCCCUUCGACCUCUCCCGCACACCCGGCGGCAGCUCCGGCGGGUCAGUCGACACACACAACUUGGGUGCUUGUGCAUACCUACCAGACAUUCCUCUCUCUCCCUCUGUGUGUGUGUGUGUGGUGUGCAGUUCGUCAGCAGUGGUGAGCAAUGGCGAGGUGCCUGCAGCACUGGGGAGCGACACCGGAGGCUCCAUACGGUCGGUACCCACUAACCUAACAACACGCAUGUACACACACACUCACAUAGGUACCGUGUGUGUGUGCCGUGUGUGUGUGUUGGUCACGUCACAUCAGUCAGCCAGCGAGUUGGUGUGGGGUCGUCGGCCUGAAGCCCACAUACGGACGGGUGGGAUGGAGUGGGUGGCUGGGGCAGCGUACACACCUACAUGGAUGGGAUGGAGGCCGACGCACACACGCGUGUGUACAUGUUGUGUUGUGUGUCUGUGGCAGGUGAGCCGGCGUGGCCUGCUGGCGUAUGGCUCCAGCACCGACUGCAUCGGUCGGUGACUGACACGGACACACUGACGAGUGAGCGCACACACACAUCUCUCCCCUUUGUGUGUCUAGGUCCGAUGUGCACCUCUGUGGAGGACUGCGCCAUACUCCUGGAAGCAAUGGCAGGUCAGUGCUGACACACACACACACACACGUACAAACACACGUCAUGAGUGGAUGGCUGGACGGGAUGGAUGGCUGCAGGCCACGACCCGCUGGAUGUGUCGUCUUUAGACGCGCCCGUCCCCGAGUACGCAAAGCUCGUCGACCAAUUCCUGAACAACAAAGGUACGGAAGCACCUUCACACAUGCACUGUCGAGACUCGCACGGAGGGCGUGUGUUGUGUCUGCUCUUCAUUCAUUGUGUCAUUGUGUGGCUGUGCUGUAGAGUCGCUGAGUGGCCGGCCUUUGUCGAAGAUGCGCAUCGGGCUGCUCAAGGAAACACUCGACGAUGGUGAGCGCCGACAGACAGAUGCACGUGUGUGUGUGUGUGGGUGUGGGUGUCAAUGGGUGUGCAGGGGAGGGGAGGAUGCAGCCGGCCGUCAUGGCCGCCUUCAAGGGUACGUACCGUCUGCAAGAGAGAGUCUGGAUGGAUGGACACACACAUACAAUCGACCAUGCCUCUGUGUCUGUGUGUGUGUGUGUGUGUGCAGACUCUCUGUCGGUCUUCAAGGCCCUCGGCGCAGAGCUGAUCGAAGUCGACAUACCCAACCUUAAAGUCAGCAGCCCCUCCUGUGUUGGUUCCGUGUGUAUGUGUGUGAAUCUGUGUGUGUGUGUGCGUGCGUGUGUGUGUAGGAGUACUGCGCUGCCUACUACAUCACUGUCAUGUCAGAGGCCUCGUCAAACCUCGCCAAAUACGACGGAAUCAGGCACGAAGGCACACAACCACAUGAAUGCGUCGCAUGUGUGUGUGCGUGUGUGUGUAGGUAUGGCCUGCGCACGUCGAGUGAGGACCCCCGCGCCAAGCGCGUCAUGGUCGACUCGCGGGAGACAGGGUUCGGCCAGGAAGUCAAACAGAGAAUUCUCCUCGGUAUGUGUGUGUGUGCCGCUGGCUGCGUCAAGAUGCACCCAUGUGCUGGGCAUCUGCUGAUUUUCGUGCGUGUGUGCGUGCAGGCACGUUUGCCCUGUCUGCUGGCUACAGCGACGCCUACUACAAGAAGGCACAGAAGAUGAGAGCCGCUCUGGUCCGUUUCUUUACACACACAGACGAGCCCUCACUGCCGCACCCAUACAGAGGUGCUGUGAUGACCGACAUACAUUUGCAAAUGUGUGUGUGCAGGCCAGCAAUUUCGAGCGGGUGUUCGAGCUGGUGGACGCCCUCAUCCUGCCCACCGCACCAACCGUAUGUCUACGAACGACAAAGACAGCACAGCAGUCACAUUAGUGUCGUGUCUGCGCUCACUGCAGACGGCCUAUCGGCUUGGGCAGUUCAAAGAGAACAAAGUGGAGACCUACAUCGUAAGCCAACCAACCAGACCACCCCGCCGCCCAACAAUCGAUAGACCUCACUCACGGCCGUGUGUAUAUCCCUCUAUCGGUGUGUCUUGUCUAUCAGGACGAUCUGCUGACGGUGCCAGCGAGUUUGUCCGGCCUGCCCGCCCUGUCUGUGCCCUGCGGCAUAUCGGCCGAAGACCUCCCCAUAGGUACGUCACGUCAGGCGUCAUAGCACACACACAGAUGGAACCACUGUUCAUUUGUGCGUGUGUGUGCAGGCCUUCAGAUAGUGGGCAAGCCGCUGGACGAGCUCCGGCUGCUGCAAAUCGGUGACUACGUGUGUGCACUCACCUACCCUGUGGCGCUCAAAUGGAUGUCAUUCACCAUUCCCCUGUAUGGGUGUGUGCAGGUGCGGGCUACGACGAGGCGACGGGCUGGACAAGCCGGCUGCAGAAGAAGCUGCAGGCCAUCAAGGGGGAGAGGCAGGCUGGUGGGGGUGGGGAGGAGGAGACAGCAUCAGUGGACUGGACAAAGGCAUUCGAAGUUAUCGACGAAUGA